AUGAGCUCUGAUGGGACAUGCAAUGGCUCCUUUUGGACUAGGGAGCAGGAUAAAGCAUUCGAGAAUGCCCUGGCUAUUUAUGGUGGAGAUCCCGAUGACCGAUGGGAAAAGAUUGCAGCAGCAGUCACUGGGAAAACGCGAGAGGAAAUCAAAGAUCAUUAUGAACUCUUAGUUGAAGAUGUAAAUGCAAUCGAGUCUGGAUGUGUGCCUUUGCCUUCCUAUGUUUCUUCGUUGGAGGAUUCUACAGAAUAUAUUGUUGCUAAUAGCCAAACUUUGCAAAGGCAAACUGAUUCCACUCAUGGAAAAAAAUCAUCACGAACAGAUCAAGAACGACGGAAGGGGAUACCUUGGACAGAAGAGGAACAUAGGUUAUUCCUUCUGGGCUUGGAAAAGUAUGGAAAAGGUGAUUGGAGGAGCAUCUCCAGGAAUGUCGUGGUGUCUAGAACGCCUACACAGGUUGCCAGCCAUGCGCAAAAGUAUUUUGUUCGCUUGAAUUCAGAAAACAAGGAAAGGAGACGAUCAAGCAUCCAUGAUAUAACUACCUUGAAUGUUGGAGACACAUCAGCUCCACCAGGUCCAAUCACAGGGCAGUUGAGUGGAGUUGCGGCAGCAGGGUACUCUACUGAAAUUGGACAUUCACGACCGUUUAGUGGUUCUACUGUUGGUGUGCAUGCCUCCUCUUCUAUUGGCCAACCAAUUCGGGGACCCCUUAUUUCAGCAUUUGGCACUCCAGUGGAUCUUCCUUCACCAGUGCCAAUGUUGUAUGGCGUCAGAGCAUCAAAUCCUGAAUCACUCGUUCCUGGUUCCCUGGCAAAUAUGGAUGCGGCGGAGCAUUCAAUGCCAUGUUCUUCAGAUCCGAAGUUUGGCUAUUGA